GUGUGUGAAGUUGGUAGUUGGACUCUCUGUGUGUGUGUGUGUUGCCUGUUUUCGCCUCUCUGCACUGUUGUUUGCAGAUGUUCAUUAGCAUUUGGAUGUUCCUCUGUGUGAGCCAGCAGCUCCGCCUCCUGAGCUUCUGAUUGGGCACACUGUUACUGGAGCUGUCAGCUCGGCUCCGGGAAGCUUUUCUGUUGCUCUCUCUCUCAGUCUCCAGUCUUCAGCUGCACCACCGACCCACUGACUGCAGCAGCAGCAGCUAGCAAGCAGCAGGCUUCUCCUGCUCUUUGUUAGCUUCGGAAAGCACCAAGAAAAGACGCAUCCAUGCAGUAGCACACUUACUUUCUUUUGGAAAAUGAUCAUCUGUACGAAUAAGAUGGAGUACCCCCUGAGAACCCAGUACCAGCGAGUCCACAAACAGGUGAUGGUGAACGGUGAGAAGGAGCGAGUGUCGCUGCUGUUCAUGAAGGCUCUGGUCAGCAGGGGGAGCGUGGACGCCGUGUCCCAGCAGAUGGCCUCUCACCCUCAGUACUUGGAGAGCUUCCUGCGUACACAGCACUACAUCCUGCACAUGGACGGCCCCCUGCCACUGCCGUACCGCCAUUACAUCGCCAUCAUGGCUGCGGCGCGACAUCACUGCAACUACUUGGUGUACCUGCACUCAGCCCAGUUCCUGAGGGUGGGCGGGGACCCUCUGUGGUUGCAGGGUUUGGAGGCAGCGCCCACUCGCCUUCGUCUCCUUGACCACAUCAACAAGGUGCUGGCCCACCAACCCUGGCUCACUGCCUGCUCACACAUCCAGACGCUGCUAAAGUCGGGCGAGCAGUGCUGGUCGCUGGCUGAGCUGGUGCAGGCGGUGGUGAUCCUGGCCCACUGCCACUCCCUCUGCAGCUUUGUGUUUGGAUGCGACACAGACUCAGACUUUGUCCCUCUCUCCAAGUCUCCCAACGGUACCCCGCCGACCUUCUGCCCCUUUGAUGCUGCCAACGGCAACACCAACGUGCCUCAGUCGCUCGCCACUCCCUCCGAACACAUAGCACGAAGACGGUCUCUGGACUCCAGCUGUGACAUGGUGUGUCUCAAAGAGCGGAUUCAGAAGUCCCAGGAGGAGCGUGAGAAGAAAGAAGAGCGCCUGCUGCAGACACAAACACUCCAGCAAACAGAUAUGGAGGAAGAGGAGGAGAUGAUGUGCUUUACAGACCCGACGCAUUUCAUCACAGACCCCGACUUGUGUUAUCAGGAGUUCGCUCGUAGGGAGGAGGACCACUUUCAAGUAUUUAGAGUUCAGGACUAUUCAUGGGAGGACCACGGCUUCUCCUUAGUCAACAGGUUGUAUUCGGACAUCGGGCACCUCCUGGACGACCGAUUCAGGAGUGUGACCACCCUCCCCUCGAUGCACAGCCCCGACCUGAAGAGGGCCAUCUGGAAUUACAUCCAUUGCGUGUUAGGAAUACGGUAUGAUGAUUAUGAUUACGGAGAAGUGAACCAGUUGCUCGAGCGAGAUUUGAGGCUGUACAUCAAGUCUGUGGCCUGUUUUCCCGAUGCCACCAAAACUCCAGUGUGUCCGCUGAGUUUGGCUCCUCUUAAAACUUCAGAACGGAUACACGUUAAUUUACUAAUCAUGGAGGCCCGGCUGCAGGCUGAGCUGCUAUACGCUCUGAGAGCCAUCACUCAGUACAUGAUUGCCUAAGUGCUCGGAGAGGCACAAAGCUAGAACUCUCCGCCGGUACAGAGAGACCCCGAGACGCGAGGAUAAAGAAAUCUCAACAGCAGAUGGUGAAAUGGGACGAGAGCGGCACUUUUAAGGACACAGCUCCAUCGUUUUGCCUCAUCAAUGUGCUUUUCCUUUUCUCCGAUUUAAUGUAUUUAUACCAUAAUGUGCCACGCCCCCCUCCUCCUGCAAAUCCUCCUGUUGUGAAGUCCUCUUAUCAAACAUCUCGGCUCUCAAACGUUAUGUGCAAUUAUUACUAGAGUUGUUUUAAUUUUUACCCGUUGUUUUUGGUUCCAGCUCAGUCUGUGAGAAACUGCUUGUUUGUAGCAGUGUGUUACAGUGGCCAUAGUUUGAUCAGUAUCCUUUUGUAAUAACUAUGCUUCCCCCCCCCCAAAAAAAAUCUCUUUUUGUACAAGUUGAAUGUUAACGGGAGUGGAGGGCCUCUGUUAUUUUUUGGACAAUCCUUGUCAGUGUUGGAGGACAUUAAGUGGACCGUGAUGGACGACCGUUUUGCUCUCCCUAACAUUUUGUAUUGAUGCUGGUCAAGAACAAACAGUGACACUGCUGGAAGUUAUCACAUCACUAUAGUUUCUUUUAAUAAGCACUUUUUUAAACUUUAUAUAUUUAUAAUGCAAGGUAGCUCGUUAGUAGACAUUGAGACGCACCGUGUGUGUGGGUCUGACGCCUUUCUUCUCCACUGUACGACGUGUAACGGAGAUUUUCAGACUGUUUGUCUUCAAACUUUCAGACUUUGCUUUUGUUCUCAGCCACAGAUUUCGGAGUGAAGUAAAUUGAUCCGAGAUAUUUCAGUAUUGUUACUUUCAGUACGCGCAGAAGGAUUUUGAAGGUAAUGAUUUUUUUCAAAACACACAAUUUACACCUGAUAAGAAAAUAAAACUUAAGAGGUCAGUGAGCUGUUUCCUACAGUGAAGAUUAAGCUGAGCCAUUCGCUUGAUGAUUGUUGUGUUUUUUUGUACUGACGUGCUUCAGAAGUGAUCAAAUCAGAGACUGAAUUUCAGACCAAAAGUCAUUAAAAAAACAUCUGUAAAGAGAUGAAUUGGAUAGCUGAAAAAUACCCAGUCUGCACUUGUCAUGACUUGAGUUCAGAUUUUUGCUCAAAGCUUUGUGUUAAAGCUUUCUGAUUAUCAAGUCAAAAUCCACGGUACAAUUUGCAAAGCAGAACAAUGUGCAAACUAGUUGUUAAAACACUUGUAUCUUGUUUUCUGUCUUUUUUUAUUUUUAUAGUUUUUGUAAACUAUAGAGUACUUUUUUUGUUUAGUUUCUGGGUGUGAUGGUAGAACCUGCUUGUUGUGCUGCAGCCUGAGUAGACGUAGAGGUGUGACAGACUGUUUAGAGUUAGUAACCGCAGGACGUAGAAAAGAAACAAGUGCAUAUCGAGCAUAUAAAGCAAAAGCGCUGAUAACACAGGUGCCUUCAGGCUAUAACUGGAGUGCUGCUGAAAUGGAGGGAUGUGACUACUGGAGGCUGAAUGUGGGCUUUUGGUUGCAGCUUACACCCCCAAAUGACAAGUUUAAAACUUGUCUUUUCCCGCAUGAAUGGGAACUGUUUUUUUCUUGGUGUUCAGCGUUUCUGAUAAAUAUCGCGGCUGUGAACGCCCGUGUUUUCUAUCAGACACCUUCUAAGAGCCCCAGCAACUCAGCAAAGAGCCUUUGACACAGAUGGAUGUUAAAAAUGUUCAACUUGAGCAGAUAAAAAAAAAAGGACAAUUAUCUAAAAAAAUAAAUAAAAUAAAAUAAAAAAAGAGAACAAGUGAAAAGGCAAAAAAAAUUUUUUUGAAAAUGUGAAGAAAUGUUUUCUAUAAAGACGCUCUAUGAAAAUAA